AUGUCCGCUCGUGCCCACUCUCCGCCCUCGUCGACAUUCAGUUCGCAAUCUGACACUGCGCCCAUCGUCCCUCCCUCAGCAUCCUCCCAAUCGCCCACAUCCGAUUUCGCAAAGUCCAGCAAGCGACGAUUGUUUGGUUUGGUCAAGAGAAAGGAUAAGGCAUCCGACAACACCGUCAUCGACGCGAACCCCAACGCGACCCAGUCCAAGCCGACAGCUCCGCCAGCAAACAUGUAUCCCCUCACCUCGUCAUCCCCUCCGCCCAAUCGCUUUGUCGCUGCCUCGCCGACGCGUCUCCCUUUCGCUCUGGCCUCGAGUCAAUCGACCUCGACUCUGGCCGACUCGCAAAUCUUCGAGCGCAGUGUUCAAGAAUCGAUUGUACCAAGCGAGUUGUCACCUGCCAUUCCCGCACACAUCCAGACCGAAGACCACAUUCCCGCAGUCCUCGAGGCUUCUUCUCUUGCCAUCACCGAUACCCACCUAGAUCCGGAUCAGGUUGAAAUCGUCACUCAUACGGCUCAUCAACCUGCGUCUGAGAAGGUCGCAGAUAGCACAGCAUCCGCUCUCCACUCUGAUGCACAGCUGCCUGUCUCACCACAAGACUCGCAACACGAGAGCUUCCACUCGGUAGCCUCACACCCUCCGGAUUACGAUGAUGCCGCGUCGAACUACGGUGCUUUGGAUCCUGCAGAUGUGCGCAGAUUGAGCUUCAUCUCCUUCGCCGAUGUCGUCCAGGCAGAACAGGCCGAAUCAAAAGACGCGUUACAGCAUUAUACACCGCUGUCUGCCAGCACUCUCAGUCAGAACCAGAUGCACUCUCCACCACUACCUCGCUCACCGUCACCUGCACGCUCGCCAUUGUCCUCGCAAUACUCUCAAGAAGUGACGACUCCACCGCUUAGGAGCAACCCGACAUCAGUCAAGGGCUUUGACAUGAGUCCAGUACGCAGCCCCGUUGGCAGUCCUUCGCACCAGCAGCACGGAGAACUCACAAUCGAAACAAUGCGCCAGGCUCUGCGCAAGACAGCCAGUGGAGACUUUACGGGAACCAAGAUAGCCCCAUAUCCAGCAAGCUCGAUAGGUCUCGAAGACGGCGGUCUUGAGAAGCCAGGCUUCAGAUGA